AUGCCACUUUUUGAGAAAGGUGAGUAUGAUGGAGAUUUCCACCCUACUAGGUUGCCUGCCCAUACCUUUGCCUCCCUCUCUGGCUGCCCUGCCAAUGGCUGCCAUGCCAGUGUUUCUCCUGGAAGUAUAGGGCAACGAAACACGGUUGAACGACCGACAUCUUUCGAGUACAAAGGGUAUGCAUGCCGACCACGAGCGCCAGCUUCAGUGAAGGUCGUGCCCGUGGUGUUUCCGAAUGGACGGGCUCGUGGUGAAGGAUGCGUGUCUUCUGCGUCGAAUUCGUCGCCUACGACAUCCUCGUCGGUUUCGAGAACGGUAAUUCAACACUUAACAGAGGAAUCCCACGACGGUCAUGGCCUUGAGCAUGGGUACAAGCAUGGUUACGGACUCGACCUCGACUGGAAUCCGGUACUGUUGUCUCCACCUUCUCUUGCCAUCGAUACCGCGACCUUGCGCCCGCGCCCUGUUCCCACUCAGCCGUUGACGAAAGCCAAUGUUGCGGCUGUAGCUGCUCAAGGUCUUAGCUCCUGGAACCGUGACCGUGGGUACGAUGGCAGAAGACGCAUGCGUCCCUUGCUGGCUUGCUCAGAAGAUGAGCUUUCAUGCGUCUCGAGUUCUAAUGAGUGUGCAUUAACACAACCCUCCUCACCUGCAGAAGUCGGUUCUUCAUCUUAUCACGGCCGCGCUCUUCGCCGAAGCCCGAAUGUGGACAAUCUGCGUCUAGGCGAUGCUGCCAACACACUUUCAAUUUCGACGUUGAGCUUGAACGAGAGCAUCAACCAUGGAGCUCGCGUCAACUAUGGAGUCGGCAGCCUUCAUCCACUAGGUGCGUUCGACGAGUCUAGUGGCGGUGAACCAAAUCUUCAUAAUGGCGUUCCGGUUCCAGUCCUCAGUCCACCAGCCGUCACUGUCAGCACUCCAGAAGGUUCCAUCACAGUCCUUUUCGACGCCGAUCGCGAGCGCAUUACCCGCUGGCGUGACGCAGCAACUACGCAUGACCGUGGGCUUACUAUGUCUCCACUGUCAGUUCGUCGUUUCACAGACGAGGAAAUGGACCAUUACUGCCUUAGUUCCCGGAGUAGUGUUCGGACUGCGAUCCGAGAUGCUCCAACUGGCCUCUCACCUGUUAUCCGUGGUGAUUGGGAUGGGCGUGGCGAUGAUGAUGUCGCUCGAGCUUCAGAUGGGGGAUUCGCAGCCUUGCGGACUCAACCCAUUGCCGACCCCGAUUGGGGUGGUCCCGGGUUUGCGGGUCUGUUCGAAUGGCAGCGCGUGCAUACACAGGCGACACAUGGAAUUCUAUUGCCAGAAGCAAGUUUCUCGGGAGUUGGGUUUGCCGAGAGCGAUCGCGUGAGGAGGGUCGAGGCUCCACACGACUCCGGAUCCCUACAACUAGCGAAUGUCCAGCGUCCAACCCCGCGGACGUCUUCUCCAGGACCCGCCCGAAACUCGUCUGUAGCAAGUCUAACCUCCAGCAGGAACGCAGCACACCCGCCAGUCGUCCACACGGUGGGGCCCCCAACCUCCCUAGGCCGCCCCUCGCACCCUAGCCUCCACCCCAUUCUCGAAGCAGCUGCUAAGGACGAUCCCCAAACCUACACCAAAGAGGGCCUUUGUGCCGUGCUGGCCAAACUCUACACCCCUGCCGAGAUCCCUGCAGAGGUCCUUGAACAGCUACCAAACGCGAAAGGGCUGUCCGCUCUAAGCAUUGCCCGGUCCUCUUCCCAGGCCAGAACCGCGGAUGCGCGCACCUUCAUUCCACUUCGGGGGAAGGACGUCAAUUACCUAACGCACUACAUCGACAAGUUGGUUGCGGACAAGGAGCGCAAGAUAAGGGAGAUUACCAAUCUCGAGGCGCAGAUUGAAGAUGUAGAGGUAUCAAAGGCUGGUAUGCAGGGUGAUAUUAAUCAGUACUUUGCUGCCGUUCAGGCUGGUGAGACUAAGAUAGAUGGAUUGUUGGAGGUGAUUAGGGUGUUGAUGAAUGGAGAUGGGGGUGUUGAGGAGAAGCUCCAGGCUGUGGAUAUGGCGAAAGAGUUGGGGUUUAAUUUGAGGGCCUUGGGGAUGCGAGUUGAGGACAGGAAUAAGAGGCGCCAAGCACUUGUCAAGUUCUGGGAGAAUAAGGCCCAUGCUGCUGAGGAGUAUGCUAAGGCCAUGGAGGAGGCAGAUUAAGUGCAAUAUAAUCUCUCUUGACCGAGUUUCUGGAUAGUCUGAAUGGGAGGUCUGGGCUAGAGUAGCUGUUUGUU